AUGCCUAUGGCUGUGCAGUCAAAACAGCUGCUGCUGAUGAUGGUCUUUUUUGCAAAAGCAGCUACUCAGUUAAUAUCUAUGCCAAAUUGUCCAACAAAGUGUGGCUCUAUCACCAUUCCAUUCCCAUUUGGAACCAGCAAGGAUUGUUCCUUAGACAACACCUUUCUCAUCAAUUGCAACAAAACAUCUUCAUCUUCAACCUCAACACAAGUACCUUCCUUGCCAUAUAGUAAUCAAACUGUCCUAAACAUCUCACUCAACGGUGAACUUCACGUUGCAUGGCCAGUAGCCAGAGAUUGCUAUGCUGAAAAUAGAAAACUUGUGAACCAAACAUAUUGGGGUAUGAGUAUAAAUCAUUUUUCCAUCUCAUCAACUCAAAACAAGUUGGUCGCAGUUGGCUGUGACACGAUUGGAGCCCUCUCAGCAUUUGAUUAUGGGGGAAACAACUACACCACAGGAUGUGUGGCUUUGUGUAACAGGCAUAAUGAUAUUGUGGCCAAUGAAUCCUGCUCCGGCACAGGUUGUUGCGAGAUUUCAAUACCCCAAGGUCAUGUGUUAAAUCAAGUAGCCUAUACUUCUGGAAGUGUAUUCAACAAUCACUCUGCAGUACAUGACUUCAAUCCCUGUGGUUAUGCUUUUUUGGUUGAAAAUGGAGCCUACAACUUCAAAUCCACAGACAUCCUCAAGCUGGAGAAGAAAGAGUUUCCUGUGUUGUUGGACUGGGCUGUAGGGAAUCAAACAUGCCAGCAAGCUCAGAAGGAACUUUCAAGUUAUGCAUGUAAGGACAACAAAAGCACAUGUUAUGAUGCAACUGAGAGAUCUGGUUACCUUUGUAGAUGCUUUCAUGGAUAUUGGGGAAAUCCUUACCUCAUUCACGGUUGCCAAGAUAUUAAUGAAUGCAUGGACUCCAAUGACUGUGUUGAGGGAGCAACGUGCAUCAAUCUUCCUGGAAGCUACCAAUGUAUAUGUCCAGCAGAAUAUGAGGGAAACGGGAAGAUGAAUGGAACAAAAUGCAACCCAAAAUCCAGUACCAAAACAAGGAAAGAGAUCAUAUUGAUUAUUGCAUUGAGUGUCAGCAUAAGUUUCGCAGCACUACUGGUGGGAAGCUUUUAUGCGUAUUUGGCAUUGAAGAAAAGAAGGCUCAUUAAACUUAAAGAACAAUUUUUUCAACAAAAUGGUGGCAUGCUGUUACAACAAAAGAUAAUGAGGCAUGGAAAGUCAACUGAAACAGCUAAAGUAUUCACUGUUGAGGAGCUAAAUGAAGCAACCAACAACUUCGACGAAAGCAAGAUCCUAGGCCAAGGUGGUCAGGGAACAGUUUAUAAAGGAGUUUUACAAGAUAAAAGACUUGUAGCAAUAAAGAAAUCAAAAAUCAGUGACAGAAAGCAGAUUGAGCCGUUCAUCAAUGAAGUGAUCGUGCUUUCCCAAAUCAACCAUCGAAAUGUGGUAAGGCUCUUGGGUUGUUGUUUAGAGACAGAAGUUCCCUUGCUUGUUUAUGAAUUCAUUUCUAAUGGUACUGUUUAUGAGCAUCUUCAUGAUCAAAACCAAAUUUUAAAGCUAACAUGGAAAACAAGAUUGGGAAUAGCCAAAGAAACUGCUGGAGUCCUAGCAUACUUGCAUUCUGCUGCAUCUACGCCAAUCAUACAUAGAGAUGUGAAAUCUUCAAAUAUACUCCUAGAUCACAAUCUCGUUGCAAAGGUUUCUGACUUUGGAGCUUCUAGGAUUGUUCCUAUUGAUCAUAGUCAGAUAACCACCCUUGUGCAGGGGACAUUAGGGUAUCUUGACCCAGAAUAUUUCCACACAAGCCAGUUGACAGAGAAAAGUGACGUAUAUAGCUUUGGGGUUGUCCUAGCAGAGCUACUAACGGGAAAGAAGGCACUAUCAUUUAGCAGGCCAGAGGGAGAUAGAAACCUUGCAGUGUACUUUGUUUCUUCAAUGAAAAAGGGUCAGGUACUUCAUAUUUUAGACAAAAAUUUAGAUGGGGCUAAUACUGAGCAACUAAAGGAAGUUGCCCAUAUUGCAGAAAGGUGUUUAAGGGUGAAGGGUGAGGAAAGACCCACCAUGAAAGAAGUGGCAAUGGAACUAGAGGGAAUUUUAGUUUUUGAAGAGCAUUGUUGGGGACGUAGCAAUUUGUCUUCAGAAGAGACUAACAACUUGCUCAGAGAAACGUCGGUUAUCAAUGUUGAAGAUGGUGGCCUUAAUUCCUCGGACUCAUAUAGUAUAAACCAGAUUACGAUGUCAACGAUUGGUGGAAGAUGA